CACGCUCGCUCUCUCGCGCGCGCGAAGGAAAAUCCGCUUCUUUCGCGACCGGCGUGCGCUCGUCAUUCGCGCGAACGCGAGUCACGCGCGAACAGCCACCGAGGAAAAGUCGCGUCGUCUCGAUAUCUAGCCUUCUCGAGGAGGUUCAUUGAAAGUGCGACGUUUCGUGAGAGAGUUGAUUGGAUACUCGGAAGUGAAAGCGCUGAGAUCCAGAGAGAUGUUAAUAUUCGGUUGGACAUCCAGCGCAAAAGGAAGAUUAGAAGAAGAACAAAGAAUCGGGAAAAAGCAAUCCGAAGAUUCAAGAGCAAUAAUGUGAACCUGAACGACUGAAUUACAAGUAGAUCGUCGGCUUAAUCUGGUGUGCCGUGUUGACUGACUGGAAUUUCAUCGAGGUUGAAUAAGAAAAAAAAUUGAAUGUUCACAGAUUUGAUUCGGAAGAAUAAGUGAACGAUUGAAUUCGCGCGUCAAUUGAGAUUUCUGUUAUCGUUAUACGCGCGGGAGUUGUGUGUGUGUCCGAUCGAAUGAUAAAUUUGCAGAGAAGACGGAUGAUAGAUCGUUCAAUCGGAAAGAAAUUUGCAAGUGAAUUAAUAAAGGAUAAAAAAUGUAGGAGAAGCGUUCUAUUUGAAGUUGCAUUAUCGUAGCAAACAAAGUACGUUUUAUUGUGAAGCGCCGGAAGUCUCGGGGAGCAGCAAAUAACAUCGUCGAGUAAUCAAGGCAGCGGUUGAAUAAAUUGGAUCGGGGAUAUUACAAGAACCGUCGAGAGACGGAGAGAAAGAGGGUGGAAGAAAAAAGGACGCACACACGAAGGAAAGUCGCCCAUUAAGCUAUGGCAAAGAAAAAGCUUUCUCCCCGUGAAAAAGAAAGGGGACGAUAAAUUUUGCGAGAGACAUUGUACAUUAACUUCCAUUUUCGGAAAUGGUGCGCGAAAAUUUAAACGCGUCGUAUUGGUGAUGAAUUAUCUGGAGCCUCGUCGGGAAAAUCAAAGAAAACGAUCGGCGCACCGCAAUUUUCUUCCUCCCGAUGCAAAUACGCUGGAAAUUUUAGUUCGUCAGCGCGCGAAUUUUUUCGUGGAAUAUAUAAAACCCGCUGAACGAGGAAAGUUAUUCCGUAGCCGCGGCUUCAAAUGCGUUCUCUUUUCGUGCGCAACCGCAUGAAAAAUAGAGGAGUUUUCGCUGCGCCGAACAAUAAGCAUUUUUGCGUGAAAGUGACAAGAUGAUGACGGCCUGUUUGAGAAAAAAAAAGGGGAUCCAUGUGAUUUUCGUGGGCAAAACAAAAGGCCGUCUGCGAAACGGAAGCCCGUCGCGUUAGAAGAAUGCUAAUUAACCCAAUUUCUUCCGAAGUUGCGUUAACAGAACCAGCAUGCAUUUUAAUUCGUUGUGUUAUCACCCUUCGUUUCCUUAAUUAAAGUGAAAUCAUCGUCUCGCGCGUCAAUUGCAAAAAAAGGCGUACGGCGCUAUAAAUACAAAUUAGCGUACACACCUCAACGAGUAAACGGGUCACAGUGCGAAGAAAUUAGCGAAACUAAUUCGAGAUAAACUGCUGCAACGUCUUAAUGAAGGAGAACUAAUGAAUUUUGUAAUCUUAUAAAGUGCUCGGCGUGUCCGACGCGACAGCUGGUGGUCUGUCAUCUACUGUCGGGAGGCUCCUUCUCGUGCUAAAACAAAGAAUUUGCUGACGCGCGGCGAAAAGACUUUCAAUUUGCGCAAGAAACCGCGUCUUGGGUGGUCCUCAAAUCUAUAAGUCAUCAACUGUACCAGCUCUCGCGCGAUCGGCAUAGUGCAUACUUUUCUAUGUUUUACGAGCGAGUUUAAAUCUUAAAUCGUAGACCGACGAUUAUAGUAAUCGACCAUGGGCAGGCGAGGAUUUCAUCUAAGAACGCCCCAUUAUCCGAGGUGACACGCACAUCGGGUCGAAAACAGACCCGGGGCCCCUGUCAUUGUCGACAACUCAUUUCGCUGGGGUGAAGCCAUCGAGGGUGAAAACAGGGGACUCGAGGUAUAUUUGCGAAAGUAUUCGUCAGAGAUGGUCAGCCAACACGCGAUGGCCACCACCGUCCGCAAAGUUAAGCAGGAGAAUCGUCUCAGGCGGCAGAAUCAGAACCAAGAUGAAGAGGGGCCUUACAAGCCAGUGCCACCACCGAAACCGGUGUCGAACAAUCAGAAGAAUCAGGACGUUCAGCAGGACGAGCACCGGGAGCAGCCGGUAGCCGAACGGCCGUCGUUGCGAACGACUUCCGGUCCGGAAAGGAGCAGCGUCGCGGAGAACGGGCAAGUUCGAAGUGCAGCCGGGCAGCCCUUCGCACCGGAAUACAGGAUGCCACCCUUGUACGGGGAGGAGCAGAGUUCGGGUCAGGCUCAACAGGCGGCCAGUUUGCAGACUCACAGCAGCAAGUUCCCGAUAGAACGCGAGUUGAUUCUGUCGUCGGGUGACAAGAAUUCCAAGAUCCCCAUUCUUCACGAGUACAAACAGAGGAUCGCCGGAAGAGUCGCCAUCGCGCCGGAUGCGCCGAUCAAGCAGCAGGCCUGGGUUCAGGAGGGAACUCAGAUGCAGGAAGUAAGACAGGACGGCCAAGCGAGGAACUAUCAGUCACAGGACGCCUACUCAUCGUCUAGCGGAGCGGUGCCGAGAACGACGAAGAUUGACGAGGAAAAGACGAAGUCACUAUCUAGAACUUAUCACACGAUUAAGGACAUGAUCUCGAGUCGUUUCGGACCGAGUCGCAAGGACAUCGAGCCGGAACCGGAAGCCAGUCUGAACAACGUUACGGAGGAGCUGCGAAAGUCGAGCAGGAGCACCGACGAUGACGAGGUCAGGAAGAAGGAAGGGAUUUAUGGAAAACCCCGCGCGAAGGAGCCGUCGGUUAACGUGCAACAAUAUUCGAAGAAUGCUUACGGUCAGUAUGGUCAUUCGUACGGUUAUCAAAGCAACCAGCAAAAUGUACCUCUACCUGGCCAACUGCAGCCGACCGCGGCCAUUCAGCCGAAUUUACCAGGACAGAGCGCUCAGCUUCACGUGACCCACCACACUCCACCAGGAGGAAUUCAAACAGUUCAUCAAACCCAAGUUCCUGCUUUCGGCCAAACCGCGACAGGUGCGCAGCAGGUGCAAAAUGUUACGAGGGAGUACAUGGUUCAGCCACCGGGCGGUAUGGCCGGACAGCAAAUACAUCAGGGGAUCCAUCAGAAUCCCACGCAAGUACAGGGGCAAGGCACGCAAGUGCAAAAACCGCACGGUCUGUCCGUGCAGCAGCAUCAAGUGGGCAAUACGAUGCCGCCGACGAGCCCGAGCUUCCAGAGCCCUCAGCAGUUGCUCCAUCAGAAUCAAAACCAUCACCAGAGCCCGCGGUUCGCGCAGCAGCACGCCCAGAACAUGCAUCAGCGUCAGCAGUUGAUCCAGCAGAUGCACCAGCAGCAAAUGGUCGGCCAGCAGGGCUCGCAAAAUGCUACCGCGCGUAACAUGCAGCAGUCGUACUUCUCCAACAGCGUCUCUUAUCAGCAGUAUCAGCAGGCGCGACAGGCGAUGUCGAGGUCGCAGAUCGAUCUUCCGAGCACGUCAAGGCAGGCGCAGGAGCUCCGGGUAUCGGGCCAGGAGGUCUACUAUCAUUACGCUCAAGGAAGACCUCGUUACGGCGUUCCCCAGGUGUACAUGAAGACUGAGAGUAAUCAGGAAACGGAAUUUCAGAGGCGGAACUCUGCGAAGGGUAUCGAGAAAGCGGCUUCCCAGCCGCAACUCUGUUACGAAGACGAGCGAAAUGCCGAGGCUUCGAAAAAUCCCGGAGAGAAUAUGAAGAAUUUAACAGUAGAUCCGCUGGACAAGGAGAGAUAUGAGAUCACGGUGGAAGAUCGAAGUCAAUGCGAGCCCGGAAGAAACGGAUUACAAAGGAAUGAGGAGUAUCGUCCGGAAACCAGCUUUGGCAUUCGGAGAGACGAGACACGAGCGUCGAAGAGGGAGCAGGAGCAGGGAUCGUCGGGCCAAGAGGGAGGUCAAGACACGACGGAGGGACACUCCGUGCAGAAGAGGAUCGAAGAGUUGCAGAAGAGAGCGGAGCAGGAGGGUCAUUUCAACUCUAAGCUACCAAAGGACGACGCGGACGGCUUAAGGGUCGGCCUGGCCACGAAAAUGAUCGGCGAGGCAUCGAAGAGGCUCGAUGGUGGGCAAUAUAGCGGAAAGGAGCCCGUUGUGAAAUCAGAUAGGAAAGACGAUCUGGAGCAGGGUAUCGGCCGGCUGAAGAUCCAGAAUCAAGGCUCAGGCUCGGAUUACGACAAGGCCGGCCAGAGUUCUUCGAAUGUCGAUUCCGGAAGGGGCUCCGCAGUCUAUUCGAGCGGAAGACGCCCGCCGCCCGAUGAUCAAACUUUGGCGCAAGUACAAGAUUCCGAAUGGGUGGACAUUGUGGAGUCGGAGUUGAGGAGUAUUUUGGAGCCCAGGGACGUUCCAGCGAUGGCGCACUCCACCCUGUCCGAAAGCGUAUCCUCAGUAACACCGCCUCUGCCACCGCUGUCACCCCAUGACAGCCCACGUACGCCGAGAAAUCGAUACUCAACAAGUUUACCGUAUGGAUCGAAACCAAAUUACAAUGACUACAGCAAGGCUAUGGAAAAAAGAGGUUUCUCGAGCAAUGCAAAACAUCGUGGUGCUUCAACAUCCAAGAAGGAAGCUGCGAAAAAGUUUUCUCAUCUUUUCGGAGUAGAAGCCGCUGAUUUAACAUCCACCACGACGGGACUCGAUUUAGACUCUAUGUUAGACAGAAGCGACUCCGAUCUCAGUACCACUGAUGCAAGAACGAUCAGGAAACAAUUGGAAGGAUUAGAAAAUAUGUAUAGCGAAGUACUUAAAUUACUCGGCGGGAGCGUGAAAAAGAGGCGGAAGGCGAGAGGACUCACUAGUUAUGGUUCGGUUUCGUCGUUGCCGACAUCCUCCGUGUCAUCGAGGCCUGUCACGAGGCAUCACGAUAAACGUAGAUCCCACGUGAUUGACGACAGGAUGAAGAAAGCCAAAGAUAUUAAGAGCAUCAACAAGCGUUUUCAGCGACUGGAGUCGCACGUAGUGACAUUGGCGAGAUCAGUGGCCCACCUGAGCUCGGAGAUGAGGACCCAGCAUCUGAUGAUUCAGGAAAUGGAGAGCAUAAAGUGCGAGAUCGCGACCCUCAGAACGCAAACGAGCAUGGCGAUGGUGAGAUCGCAGUCGCAGCCCCUGAUCAAGGAUUCAGAACUGCCGGCGCUUUCGAAUCCCUCGAGAGUGAAGAAACUGACCAAGUUUUUCGGUACGGAGCCACCUCUUAUCAGACUGUUCCUGAGGGAACUUGGGUAUGAGAAAUACGCGACCGCUUUCGAGAAAGAGAAAGUCGGAAUGGUGGAAUUGCCUUAUCUAAGCGAGGAGAGACUUCAGAAGAUGGGGGUUCCCCUGGGCCCGAGAUUGAGGAUUCUCCAGGAAGCAAGAAUCUCCGUGUGCAAGGAUCCAAUUUACGUAGUAUAAAUCCACCGGACGGCGCGGCGCAAAAACGUUUCGCGACGCAAGCAGAAGGAAUCUGCGGGAAAAAAGGCGGAAUAAAGAGGAAAAUGAAGAACGGAAGAUCUGGCGGGGGAAUAUUCGUUUUGUGUGCCGUUGACCGAUGAACGCAUUAGAACGUUCCUCGAGGCGUUUCUCGUAAACGAGCUCUCGAGCUUGAAAACGGUCCGUUUGAGCUCGACGGCUCUUUUCCCCCGUUUCAAUCAAUAGCCGUCUGAAAGCUACGCUCGCUGAAAUUGUUUCGUCUUUGAGUUGACAGAUUUGUUCUCUGCUGCGAGUUCACUGCUGCACAUUAAUCCCAGGGGCAAAAGAUACGGCGAUAUGUGGUUUGUAAUUUGUAAAGUGGUCAUUCAAUUAACGUAAAAAAGUGUAAAAAAGCGCUUUUGUUCGGUACAAAUUGAAAAAGAAUCAAUUUCUGAAUGCACAUUUACAUGUUUAAAUAAAUAAAAGGGUGACGUAGAGAAAAUGCUGUAAGCACAAAAAAUUGAAAUGUCUAAAGAGAAAACUUUUCAAAUAUAUAAUGUUGGCAUUUAUGAUAACGAUCGUA